AUUGGGGGGGAACAGUCAUUAAAAAACAAUUAAACAUUAACAUAAUCAAAUCUUGUUUAAAAUACCGGUAUACAAACAAUUGCAAUAGAAACAGCACAGCACCAGCCCCUUUAUUAAAGCGGUCAAUUCCCAAAAGCCUGUUGGCAGAAGGACAACAAGGAGGAAGCCAGUCUGUAUUUUCCAGGGAGGAAGAAUCUCCAGAGUCUGGGAGCAACCACCGAGAAGGCCCUUUUGUCCAUUCCCACCUAGUGUUCCUAUGAGGGUGAGGGGGCCAAGAGAAGAACCUACCCCGAAGAUCUCAAAACCCAGGCAGCUUCAUAUGAGGGAAUGUGGUAUUUCAGAUAGUUUGGACCUAAGCCAUAUAGGGCUUUAUAAUAGAAUAUGUUUUAAUAGCUGUACAUUGCCUGGAAAUUGGUUAUGUGGAACGAAGAGUUCAAAGUAUAUUAAAUAAAUGGUCUGCUCGGAGUCAGUGACUUUAUUAGAAAACUAAUAUUAGAGUCUACUCUUGGGUACAUUGCAUUAUUUUCUAGCUAUCUCAAUAUGGUUGCUGAUUCACACAUCACCAUUCCAGUUUGGUCAACAAGUUUGGGGUACAAUGCACUGGCUUAUUUGAGUUUGAAUCUAUAUAAUCAGUGCUAUGUCUACUUACCUAGAAAUAACCCCCACUGAACUCAGUGGGACUUACUUCUAUAUAGGCAUGUAUAGGAUUUGCUGUAAAAAUGCUCUGCUGUGGCUGGAUGUAACUUUAAUUAAUAAAGUCUCAUUAAAUAUUACACUCCAACUCAACACUUGCUUCAGGUUCCCCACUCUGAAUCAUGGACUGGUCGUCCACAUCUCUCUGCUCUUUGUAGCUCUUAUCUUUGAUCUCUAUUUUUUGCUCUCGCGUGUAUUUGCCUUACAAGGUACUAUUUCUGUACACUCAGACAUGUGAGUAACACAUUUACUAACAAUUUGCAAGAGUAUUUCUUACAGUGGUUGAAACCACCUUGCUUCUCUUUUGAAGAACCGACUCUCCCAUGCUUCUCCGUUUUGACAAAUUACACUGAACCUAGGAGGUAGAGUUUAAAAUCAAGAUAGAACAGCCCUUUAUCUUUUCUAGGCAAUGCUAUGGAAGCUCUGUUACUGUAGGGAUGUUUCUGAGGAUAUUGUGUUCUGAUGUACCUGCUACAGCAUCCUACCAAAAUGAACUCUCAAGCAUUUUCUAUUUUUCCUGUCCCGUCAAUGGUUUAUAUACUUGUUCUUCAAGUUUUUGGUGAUGGCAUGCGAGCAAAUAAGGCUUUGGAUGAAUCUGCUGAUUUUCCACGCGAAAGUCAAUACUCUGGAUCCAAAGUGGAUAGCCUUAUCAAUGGAAAGCUUGGUGAUUGUAUUCUCCUUGAUCUGGAGAACAGGAACCCAGCAAUCCACAUUCACAAUGUGAUUUGGAAGAAAGGCAAUGCCUUGAUUGGGAUGAUGAUCAAUGGUCAGAGUGAAGCAAACUGUACAAUCCAUAGCAAAAGAUGUUUUAUCUAUAACAAUGGCACCUUGAGCUUGUGUCCCACCCAGUUGGACGAUAUUGGGCAUUAUACAGUGGCAGCAUAUACUGAGGAUGGACGCAUUCAAUACAGAAACGGAAAGGAACUGCUGCUUACACAAUCCAAACUGCAGCUUAGUCUCACCAAAGGAACACUUGGUGAUUGUAUGCUCCUUGAGAUGAAGAUCACGAAACAAGCCAUCCACCUUCAUGAUGUGAUUUGGAAGAAGGGCAAUAUCACAAUAGGAAAGGUGGACAGCCAGAAUAUUACAACUUGCAUAGACGACAGCAAGAGAUGUCUUAUACUUAACAAUGGCAGCUUGAGCUUGUGUCCCACUCAUGUGCAGGAUAUCGGACAGUACACAGCAGAAGUGUUUACCAAGGAUGGUGUGUAUCAGUACAGCCACACAAUUCAACUGGAACUUACACAACCUAAUCCACAGAAGACAAUAUGUUUGCCUCAUUUAAUCUUCUUCAUCUUAGAAGGAGCUCUUGUUGCAGCUUUUCUUGUUAUAUUGGGCUCAUGUAUAUAUCAUGUUGGAAAAUGGAAGAGGAAGCCAGUUCUCUGGAAAACAAGAAGACAACACCGUGCAAGUUGGAGGAAGAAUGUUGCUGACUAUGCAGUAGUUUAUAGGAGAAAGCAAGACCAAUCAACUGCAAGUCCAGAGUUACAGAAACCACAGGCUAUAGAAACCACAGAAGAAGGUCAAGGGUUUUCGAUUGGGAAUGAAAAAGAGACUGCAACAGCAGCAGCUCCCAACACAGAAAACCCCAUGCUUUUAAAUAUCUCUACUUUUCAAGAGAAAGAAAACGCUUUAUCACCAGCACUGUGUAUGAAUGUCAGGAGUUGUAGUGCUAGUCUACUGAGGAGUGACAGCUCUGUUUGCUGGGAUGGCGGCUGUAUUCUUCCAGAUCUUGUGGACUGUGUUCUGUGAGAGGUUUGAUGAUGCAAUCGAAUUAAGAGAACAAAUAUGCAUUUCUUCCAGUGACCCAGCCCACAUGUAUGAUGGGAAAAGAGACAAUGGAAUUCUGAAAUCAUCUGAGACCCAAUUCUAUUUAACAUGCUAUCUCAUUUGUCAGAAGAUGCAGUUCAUUUAGGCAGAGGCUUUCAAAGUGCGCUUAUGUUAAAAAAUAAACCUAAUUAUUAAUUUUAAUCUCGCAAAUAUGAAACAAUAAAAGGCCAUUUUACCUCUUCAUCAUGAUGAGAAACUGCUCUUUCAGCAAAUUGUCAUUACAUAGUUAGCAAAUGGGGUGAGUUUUAUGUAUAGAUACAAUAAUAUGUAGUAAUUUGUUAAGACCCAACUGUACUGUAUUGUUCUGAUUAAAAUAAGCAAUGUUUAAUUUGUAUUGUGUAUCAUCCAACUUUCCCUCUUGCAUUGUCCCUGAUCAUUAAUUAUCCUUGUCUAUGUCUAUUGCGGAUGCAUUAUUAAAACCGCUGUUGGUAUGAGUUUCUAGACUUGUCAUUCUUCGGGUUUCUAUAGUCUUUUAAUCCAAGACUAUAGAAGCUGAAGCUAUGCUUUUGCAACAGGACUGGAGUGGAUAUAUCUUCCAUAUAUAUAAUGGCAUAUGAACAUGUAUUAUUGUAAUUUAGUUACUAAAAGUGUAUGCAUUGAAAAGCAAAAGUUUAUUUUCUAAAAAAAAGCAAACCCUGCUGACUUGUUCACAGCAAACGUUUCAGCCCAAAUUGAAAAUAGAUCUGUAUACGACUGGCUUUUACUCUGCUUCCUGCCUAAACCACGACUAAACACACAUCCCCUUGCUAAGUACUAAACCUGUAAGUAUAAAGUGUUUCAGAAUCAUUCAUUAAUGACCAAGAUAUAGAACUGUGGUUGCAGACUGUGGUCUUAGGCCACCUUUGACCAUAUAAAUAGUCACAUUGAACGUAAAAGCUGCUAACUUGCCUGUCAGAUCUGCAUCAGUUCAAAAGGUAGGUGAACCAAAAUAACCGCCAUCUUGAAACUGUAAAUGUUGCCCUUGGAAAUCUAGUUUGAGCCUUCUUGCUUAUCUGGAUUGCGCUUCUUAGCUUUCAACCCCUGACUUGUCACCCAGUACUUUGUGUUAACUUUUACACAUUUUAAGUAGUUCGUUGUAAUUCAUGGCUAAUGCUAACUAACCCCAGUUACCUGGGAAUAAGUCCCAUUAAACUCAAUAGAGCUUGUGUCAGAGUAGAAAUAGUUAAGAUUGUAGCAAGUCAUUAGGAAACAGAUAAUUUAUGUUUCUUUGAUUUUCCUAUAAGUCCGAAUUUCUGUUU